CCGCGCCGCCCAUAAAUGCGCGGGGCCACCGGGCACCUCGGGUUCCCGGCGCGGCUCUCAGGUGACCGCGCGGUGGGUGCCGCCCGCGUCUCCACUCGUUGCCGCGCCUCUCCGCGCACUGGGGGUUCAAGCCAUGCUGUUCUGGCACACUCAGCCCGAGCACUACAACCAGCACAACUCAGGCAGCUACCUGCGGGAUUUGACUAGUGCUCUUCAAAGGGAAAAUGAUGUGCUUGCUCUGCCCAUCUUCAAGCAAGAGGAGCCCCAGUUGUCACCUGAGAACGGGGCCCGCCUGCCACCCCUGCAGUACGUGCUGUGUGCUGCCACAUCACCGGCCGUGAAGCUGCAUGAGGAAACCCUGACCUACCUCAACCAAGGUCAAUCAUAUGAAAUCCGACUGCUGGAGAACCGGAAGUUGGGAGACUUUCAAGAUCUAAACACAAAAUAUGUCAAGAGCAUCAUUCGAGUGGUUUUCCAUGACCGCCGUCUUCAGUACACCGAACACCAGCAGCUGGAGGGCUGGCGGUGGAGCCGGCCGGGGGACCGCAUCCUAGACAUUGAUAUUCCACUGUCUGUUGGUAUCUUGGACCCCAGGGCCAGCCCAACCCAGCUGAAUGCAGUUGAGUUCUUAUGGGACCCUGCAAAGAGGGCGUCUGCGUUCAUUCAGGUGCACUGUAUCAGCACGGAGUUCACCCCCAGGAAGCAUGGGGGUGAGAAAGGAGUGCCUUUCCGGGUGCAGAUUGACACCUUUAAGCAGAACGAGAAUGGGGAGUACACGGAGCACCUGCACUCGGCCAGCUGCCAGAUCAAGGUGUUCAAGCCAAAGGGAGCUGACCGGAAACAGAAGACAGACCGGGAAAAGAUGGAGAAAAGAACUGCUCAAGAGAAGGAGAAGUACCAGCCAUCCUAUGAAACCACUAUCCUCACAGAGUGCUCUCCAUGGCCUGAUGUGCCUUACCAGGUGAACAGUGCCCCAUCCCCAAGCUACAAUGGCUCUCCCAACAGCUUCGGCCUUGGCGAAGGCAACAGCUCACCGACCCACCAGGUGGAGGCCCUGCCCAUGGGCAGUGAUCACCUGCUGCCAUCAGCCUCCAUCCAGGAUGCCCAGCAGUGGCUCCACCGUAACAGAUUCUCACAGUUCUGCCGCCUCUUUGCCAGCUUCUCAGGUUCUGACUUGCUGAAGAUGUCCAGAGAUGAUCUGGUCCAGAUCUGUGGCCCUGCAGAUGGAAUCCGGCUCUUCAAUGCCAUCAAAGGCAGGAAUGUGAGGCCAAAGAUGACCAUCUAUGUCUGUCAGGAGUUGGAGCAGAACCGAGUGUCCCUACAGCAGAAGCGGGAUGGCAGCAGUGACAGCAGCCUAUGUGUGUACCAUGCCAUCUUCUUGGAAGAGCUGACCACCUUGGAGCUGAUUGAGAAGAUCGCCAACCUGUACAGCAUCCCCCCACAGCACAUCCACCGAGUCUACCGGCAGGGCCCCACGGGCAUCCACGUGCUGGUGAGCAAUGAGAUGGUGCAGAAUUUCCAAGAUGAAUCUUGUUUUAUCCUCAGCACAUUAAAAGCCGAGAGCAAUGAUGGCUACCACAUCAUCCUGAAAUGUGGACUCUGAGCAGCGGUAGGACAUACACCUACUCCUAGCCCCAGGAACCCCUUGGAUGUAGAAAUUGCACCAUUGCCAGCUGCUGUCUUAUCCUGCAAGCUGAAGCUAGGAGGGACCCUACCUACUCUGUGAAAGCCUCAGACCACCCACCAGAAGAAACCUGUGGACACAAAGUCUGGCAUGCAGACUCUCUCUCUCCCUUCCUCUCAGCCUCCGGUUUUGGACAAUUCCUUGUUCUUUUCCCUCCCAGCCCUGACAUUCUAAAGAGACAAACAGUAGGAACUCCCCUUGGAAGCUCCAUGCCCCCUAGGUAGAGGCUCAUUGGGUAUCUUGGUACCACUCGUAUCAACCCUAAUUGUUUUGGCACCCUUGUUAAAGGUGCCUGAUUCUUGCUGGCUCUUUCUUUGUGGGGCACAAAUGCUGCAGUUGGGAAGCUCACCUUUCUACCUCUCAGUCUGUGUUUGGUUCCACUAUUUUUACAACUGCCUUGCUGUUGUAUUCUUGUGCUUUUGUGCUCUCUCCUUAACUGUCUCAACAAUAUUGGGUCCAUAUCACUCUGAUAUUCCACCAUCUUUGUUGGUGCCUGGUCCAACAUCACCUCAAAGUCCUGGUAGAAGGUCAAGACCACUCAUUUCCUUUUGUUGAAUCAUGAGGAAACUGAGUGAUGUGGAAGUGUAAUAAUUCACUCAAGGCCACACUUCCCCUUAGUGGAAGAAUCAGGACUACAUUUGGGUUUUUGGAAUUUAGCCUUCGAGGUGUCUAUAAGUGAUGCCCCUACCCAAGCCAAGGGCUGGAAGACUAUAUUUUAAUUCAAAGAAAUGUGAGAGCUUGAUAUUUUUACUUCAUAAUUCCAGAAGAAGGUCUAAUAAAGGUCUGUUACCUGAA